AUGUCGCAUAGAUCAAGUUUCCAACUUAAUGAUUUAUUUCCUAGAGAAAUAGACAUCGAAGUGUGUUUAAAAACUCUCAGAAUAUAUCAAAAAUUGGAAGGUGAUGUGAACUGUGUUGUUUGGGAUGCGUCUUUAGUUCUUGCUAAAUAUCUUGAGACUAUGUGUUUUCAUAAAGCGGAUUUUUUAAGUGGUGUACGAGUGCUAGAACUAGGUUCUGGGUUGGGUGUUGUAGGACUUACUGCUGCCACUCUUGGGGCUCAAGUUACACUAACCGAUUUACCCGAAGCACUUCCUUUACUACGUUUAAAUAUAGCUGAAAAUAAAUCGAAAAUUGCUAGCAUGGGAGGAUAUGCAAUUGCAGAAUCCCUAGUUUGGGGCGACAAGAAUUCUGAUAUUCACAAACAGGAAUUUGAUAUGAUAUUAUUAGCAGAUUGUAUUUAUUAUGAAGAUGCUGUUGAUCCCUUGAUUGAGACUCUACAGUGCCUGAACAAUGCAGUAAAUAAAAAACCUACUAUAUAUCUAACUCAAGAAUUGAGAGAUUCAGAAAUUCAGAAAAAACUUUGGAAAACUUUUUAUGAGAAAUUGGCUGACUUCUUUUACAUAGAAAAAAUUCCUGAAGAUCAACAGCAUAUAAACUACAGGAGCUCAGAUAUAAUUCUCUUAAAAAUAACGAAAAAAUGA